CGGAUUGGCUCGGCUGGAAGUGUUCCGCUCUUUGCUGUCCCGAAGCUAAGCUAGCUGAGAGGAUGCCGUCGAUUGAAUACGACGACUCCAAGCCCAGCUGGGCAGACCAAGUCGAGGAAGAGGGAGAUGAAGGCACACUACCAUCCCCCAAGGAAACCAUCAAAGGAAAUAUAAAAACUGUCACUGAAUAUAAAAUAGAUGACGAGGGAAAGAAGUUCAAGAUUGUGCGGACCUUCAAGAUUGAGACAAGAAAAGCUUCUAAAGCUGUUGCCAGGAGAAAGAACUGGAAGAAAUUUGGCAACUCUGAGUUCGAUGCACCAGGUCCUAAUGUUGCCACCACCACAGUUAGUGAUGAUGUCUUCAUGACUUUCAUUUCCAGCAAAGAGGACUUGAACGCCCAAGACCAGGAUGAGGAUCCCAUGAAUAAACUGAAAGGACAGAAGAUUGUGUCUUGUCGUAUUUGCAAAGGCGACCAUUGGACCACCCGCUGUCCAUACAAGGACACCCUGGGCCCCAUGCAGAAGGAGCUGGCUGAACAGCUUGGGCUUUCCACUGCAGACAAGGAGAAGCCUGCUGGUUCUGCGGAACCAGAGCCUGCACAACCUGCGCAGAGCAAGACUGGGAAGUAUGUGCCCCCAAGUCUGAGGGAUGGAGGCACGCGAAGAGGGGAGUCCAUGCAGCCCAACCGUAGAGCUGAUGACAAUGCCACUAUUCGUGUGACCAAUUUGUCUGAGGACACCCGUGAGACAGACUUGCAGGAGCUCUUCAGACCAUUUGGCUCCAUCUCGAGGAUCUACCUGGCCAAGGACAAGAACACUGGGCAAUCAAAGGGAUUUGCCUUUAUCAGUUUCCACCGUCGGGAGGAUGCAGCCAGAGCAAUUGCAGGAGUGUCAGGAUUUGGAUAUGAUCAUCUUAUUCUCAAUGUUGAAUGGGCCAAACCGUCAAACAACUGAAGAAUCCAUCAGAAUUUAUCCGAGGAUGAUGCCAGAUUUUAUUGUGGUAAAAUGUGGUUACCUAAAUAAAGAAAAUCAAUGUUGCUACAAUUUCUUUGUCACCAUUUUCCUUGGAGUUUGCAUAGCUUAUACAUUUCCAGGCAACUUUUAUUCUGACCAGUUUUU